CUUGAGGAUGGCCAAACGCGGUAAAAGUGGUAAAAUUUAAACCCAUUUUGUUCGAGAGAAUCGGUGAAAGAAGAAAGAGUUUUUCAGGGAAGUGCAACAUUUCCUUCCGAAAAUGAUAGAGUCUCAAAUAUUCUGCAGUUGAAUUUAGAGGACAAGUUUAAGGUAAUCAGUUGAUAUAUAUUUACGGCUAUGUACAAGAUAAUUUAAAAUUGUUCUCUGAUAAAGCUUAUUCCCUGCUUCUUUUCCCCUUUCUUUCUGAGAGUUUUGAUUUCUUUAGAAUCCCUACUUGUGUAAGGAGGUUUGUUGUUAGCGGCAAGGUAUGUGCGUACUGCGAUAAUUUUAGAUCUCCCGCAAUAUUUAUAAAGCAUUCAACCUCAUAUGAUUUCGCUCAUAAUGGACCAGCUUAGGGCUCUAAAUAAAUCUGUAAUUAGCUUUCUUUUGAAAGGAAAAGUAAGCUUAUACCUCUUUGUACGCUAGGACAAAUAGGUCGGUUUAUUUCUUGUAUAUCUUUGAAAUUCAUGAAUAUUCAACGUAAAAGCUUCUGGCUUACACCUACGUAAACGGAAGUCAGAUUUUCUUUGUGGGCUCACAACAGAUUUAAAAUUGUCCGUGUAUGGCCUCUUUUGUUGGAAUUGUUGCUAUAUUUGUUUACAUGUUGUUACACUUCAGUCAAGGGGAAUCGAGACAGGGUUUAAGGUUAAUAAUAUGCGGAGGAAAUGAAUUAUAACAUCUGACGAACAUGGACUGAAAAUAAUUAAAAUGUUAUAUUUAAGUGUCCAAUUGUUGUUUUCAAUGUCCAAUGUUUUGGAAUACAAUUCUUUUUAUUUUUGUUACAGUUCCAAGUAUUUGUUUGCCUGAGAGCAAAAUUUUAAUCACUAUUUAACAAGUUUGGUAGAAAUGUGGCUGAAUUGCGUGUAUCCAGACACCCACUAUAAGAGCUAUUUUGCUACCAAGCAUAAUGUUAGCCUGGGAAUAUAUCUGUCUCUUGUUUCUCCGUGUCUCUAAGGAAGUUUCAAAGAAGAGACAUAUUUGCCUCAAUGACAAAAAUUCUAUACUGAUGAUGAAAUAUCUGUCCAGAAUCUGGUCAGGAAUAUAGUAGCUAUAUUUUGUUUAGCUAUUGUUUAUAAAUAACAGACCGAAGACAAAAGGUCACAAAGAUCAAAUGUAAUGGCAAUGAAUUUAUUUUUAUGACAAAACAGUCAUUAGUCGUUUCUUUAGAAUAAUUGAGUGGAAUAAAUUUUUGUAAAAAUUUUGCUGCAGCUCAUUAGUAGAAGCACUCAAAACUUUACUAAAGUAGACCAGGGGUCAAUGUAAUAAAACUUUUACAUGUGUAAUUUACAAGUGUAGCUAUUGUUCUCAGGCUCUAAAACAAUGGCUACACUUGUAAAUUGCACUUUUAACAGUUUUAUUAAAUUGACGCCAGGAGAAACAUAAACUCAAACAAAUUUACAUUUGGAAAUGAAUGUCUAUCAUCAUCAGUAUCAUUAAUGGGCAGACAUCUUUCCCCCAAAACGUCCCUAGCCACAGGGGAGAGACAGGUGUAUUUGUGGGCAAGCAUAAUGCUUAGAAUUGGAAAAAGGGAUUUUACUGUUUUUGAGAAUUGGAGACUGGACUCUUGUCUUUUUUGAGGGUUGUUGGAGGUUAGGGGUGGGGGGGGAAAUAAAAUUUGAAGGGGCAUCUCAGCUAUUUAUUGGGCAGGCACCAAAACAAGAGUGUGUAAGCUCUUGUUCAUGCCAUUAUAUGUCUUUUAAUUUAACCAACAGCCCUAGCCAGGUAUUGGCACUUUAUUAUAACCUACAUUUAAACAAGAACUGAUGCUCGACCAAUUAUGAACUAAUUCACAUUUAAAACAUACACCAGAACUUCUCCCUGGGUCUUGUUACUGAGGGUUAUUUCAUGUGCAAUGCGUCUUCUUUAAUAAAAGAUACAUGCAGUGUGCAAAUAUGAAGUUUUAUAAUCCAAGCUGUUCUUUUUAUUUUUAUUGUCAUAGAAUCCUCAGUCCUAUUAAUCUAAACAAAGAUUCAGACAAGAUUUCCAUUGAAGUCAGUAAAUUAAAGAAUAAUUUAAGAUUUCUUGAUGGAGGGUGAGGAAAACAAAGAGAAGAUUCCUCUUAAAGAAAGGAAGAUUAAUGAUGGCCAGUCAUCCAAUGCAUCAGUAAAUGGUGAUAAUGCAGAAGAUGAAUGCCAAAGUUCCUUGUUCUCAAAGCGUUACAUCAUAUCCAUUUUGGCAUUACUAGGAUUCUGCAAUGUUUAUGCUUUACGGGUCAACCUCAGUGUGGCUUUGGUGGCAAUGGUAACUAAUAGUACAGUUUCAAAUUCAGAGGGCAAAAAUGAUGAGGUUUGUAACUCCUUUUUAUUUUCUGUAAGACAGUUAAAAAUAAUAAUCAGAUAGGAUCCUGUGCAAUCCCAUCAGGAUCUUGUAAGAGAUGCUGUUAGGAUCCUGUACAAUCCUAUCAGGAUCUUGUAAGAGAUAUUGUUAGGAUCCUGUGUAAUCCUAUCAGGAUCCUGUAAGAGAUACUGUUAGGAUCCUGUAUAAUCCUAUCAGGAUCUUGUAAGAGAUACUGUUAGGAUCCUGUGUAAUCCUAUCAGAAUCCUGUAAGAGAUAUUGUUAGGAUCCUGUACAAUCCUAUCAGGAUCUUGUAAGAGAUACUGUUAGGAUCCUGUACAUUCCUAUCAGGAUUCUGCAGGAGACACUGUUGGGAUCUUGUAUAAUCCUAGCAGGAUUCUGUAAGAGAUACUGUUUAAGUCCCGGGGUACUUCCUUCGAAUUUUGGAUAGGGGUGUGCCGCGAACUUGAAGGUUCGUUAACCCUAGCCCUAUUUAAGGACUAAGAAAGCAAAAACUGAUACCCUUUUUAAGGCCGAAAGCCGAAAAAUGACACCCUAUUCAAGGAAAAAACAAAAUUAUUAAUAGCAUGAAAAGGAAAACUUUAUUUCUUCUCUGUAACAUUGGAUGUAUAAAAAUGUUCGUUUAGGCGGGCGUUUUCACACUCCAGUAUUAGAUAAUGCAGUUAAGACAAUUAAGCUACCCUAUCUAAGGACCACACCAGGGACACACAAACAAAAGGGUCAAAAAAGAUACCCUAUUUAAGGACCAAGAACCUCAAAAACCAUACCCUAUUCCACGGCAUGUACCUAUAUAGCCCAUAUGUCGUAUCCUGUACAAUCCUAUCAGGAUUCUGUAAUAGACACUGUUAGGAUCCUGUGUAAUCCUAUCAAGAUUCUGCAAGAGAUAUUGUUAGGAUCCUGUAUAAUCCUAUCAAGAUUCUGUAAGAGAUACUGUUAGGAUGCUGUACAAUUUUAUCAGGAUCUUGUAAGAGAUAUUGUUAUUGUUAUUGUUAGGAGAUAUUUUUGUUGGUUUUUUUUUUUUUUUACUGACCUACAUGAUCAUGUUCAAUCCUAUCAGGAUCUUGUAAGAGAUACUGUUAUGAUCCUGUGUAAUCCUAUCAGGAUCCUGUAAGAGAUACUGUUAGGAUUCUGUACAAUCAUAUCAGGAUCCUGUAAGAGAUACUGUUAGGAUUAAACUGCCGCAAAAAUUUAGUGCUACACGAUUUGUUAUUUAUGCAAAAAAUGUAUUCUAAGGGUGCUUUCCAUUUGUCAGAACUGGCGGCCGGACCAUUGCCCGACCAGUCAGUUUGAUAACGAAAUAGGUUUAUUUCCAAGAGUUUUUGCGAAAAAGCAUCACCUUCUUGCAUACUAUUCAGGAUUUGACUGAUCUGGCUGGAGAGUUCUCAUUAAAAGGAAUAUUAUCAUUGCGACGGGAAUGGUCUGGCCGGUCAGUUCUGACAAAAGGAAAGCGCCCUAAGAUUUGCCUUCAAGAUCUUAUAUAUGCAAUUAAUUCUAAUGGGAAAAUUGGGUCAAUUUGUCAAGAUGUUAGGUUAUAUUAAAUAAUUUGAUUCCGAUUUGUUUGUAGAAGCCGGCAGAAUUUAACUGGAGCACUGAAACUCAAGGUGAACUUAAAUAUUUUAAUUGAUUUUAGUUGAUUUUAGUGGGCUGUGUAUGGUCUCACUUUGUAAGGCCAGUUCAAGGGUGACAGUUGUGCAAUAGGCCUAAUAUUCAUGAUACCCACCGUCUUUCCACACCCUGAUACUGAAGACUGAUCAGAGUUGUCCUCCGAGUUGUCUUGUUGUUGUUUUUGCUAUGUUUUUAGCCAUUAUUUCGCCUAGUUCCAGCUGUAGUUCUUACUCUUGAAAUGAGUGAAGUGUCCGUCAUUUUAGUUUUUACAACAAAAACAACUCAAUCUGGUCCCCAGGUUUUCUUGGUUAACGGUGCAUUAACCUGUAGAAGGCUGCAUUUUUGAUGUCAUUUCCUUGUUAAACACAAAACUCUUCCAAAUUUGGUCAUCAGUAACUGGUUAUGGUGAAUUAUGCUUGUGCUUUUAGCCAAUCAGAAUUGGGGAAAUAUUUUGAAUGAAUAGUAAUAUUAAUUUACCUUUGUCUGUGUGCACAAUAUGUAAAUGCUUUUUUUUUUUUUUUUUUUUGGGGGGGGGGGGGGAGUCUCUUCCUACUUAAAGAUAAUGGGAUGUAUUGUUUUGUUUACAGGGACACGGGGCCAUAACUGGAAGGGCUAAGUAGGAGAGUUUAUAAGCAGCGGUUUAAAGCACCUGCUGGCCACCUUAUAAUGUAGCUGUCUAUCAGUGCAGCAAAGUAGCUUAAAUACAUGAUGAUUCUUUGUCUUACAGGUGUCGUUUUAAGUUCGUUCUUUUACGGCUACAUCAUAACCCAGCUUCCAGGCGGUAUAUUAGCUCUCAAGUUUGGUGGUAAAAAUUUGUUUGGUCUCGGCAUUCUGUCUACUGCUGUUUUGACACUUCUCACACCAGUUGCUGCACGAGCUAGUGUUGGAUUGCUGGUGACAUUGAGAAUUCUCAUUGGCUUAUGUGAGGUAAGUAUUCAAGGUGGCUGAGCAACUUUUUCUAGUAUGUUCUGAGAGUACUUCUGCACUUUCAAGUGAUGGAUCAAUACUACUGUAGUUUUUUUUUUUUCGGCUCAUCUCUGGUGUAAUAUAAUUCAUUACUCACAGCCAGUGUAAAACAAAGAAAACAAAACAUCCUUAACAAUGAACCUAACCCUGACAAUAGUCCAUAAAACGAAGAAAACGAAUAAAUUAUACAGUAAAAACCCGCAACUAAGAACCUACAUUUUUAGGAGUUAGCCUAAACAGGUUCUUAUAUAAAUGGUAUUUAACAGAAUUUUAGGCUAUUUAGGUUCUUAAAAUGGGUUCUCAAUCCUGGAGAAAAAACAAUUAAAACACAGCUGCAAACAAGUUGGUCAUUAGCCUAUACUUUUAUUUUCUUCAGCCCCACCCAACCCCCAACCCCCUCCCCAAAAAAAUAUCAAUGUAUACAAUUACAUGUAUAUAUAUGCUUUGCCAAGCUGUACAAAGCUUUAACUGUAACAAUAAUAUUCAGGAUAAUAUUCAGAACAGGGCCCAAAAUCAUUUUUACAACAAUGGCAAUCUGCUUUUUUUGCUUCAAAUAUGAUUCUUGCAAUGCAGCUGUAAUGUUCUAGUAUGAUUUUAGAAAAUAAGAACCUGUUUUAAAUUUCUUAAGCUAGGUAGGUUCUUGUUUAUAGGGGGUAUAAAUGACCAAUUUUAGGUUAACAGGUUCUUAAUUUUUAGGUUCUUAGUUGCGGGUUUUUACUGUAUUACAUGGGGAUGACCCGUUUUUUCAACUUGUUAACCGUUUGGUUAACAUUAGUUAUUGUCAUUUAUAGUGACUCUGUAAUCUGUUCAAAACACCCUUAAUUUUCUCUUUCAGUACUUAUACAUGUAGCUCAAAGGCAAGUUCAGUGAAGCCCAUUUAUUAUUAGCAAAAUUGAAAUAAGCAUGUUAAGAUCUAAUCUUUCAUGAAGUCUAAACAAAUCUGCAAGGUGGUUCAGAGCCACUUUAAAUUUUUAAGAAAGUAAGGACUGGUGAUUCAGAACCUUGCAUUUCAGAGGACUAUGUAUAAAACCUUGUACAUCCACUGCACAUGCAAACUCUGGUUUUACUUUUACACGCUUUCACAAGUAGAAAUUAUAAAGCGUUAGAGGUGAAGAAGUAAAUUAAAAGGAGUUCAUUUCUCAUGAUUCACAAGAAGCAAUUACAGUAAGACUGAGCUAUUACAUAGGGUGCAAACAUGUCUUUACAAUUAUGGUCCUGUGUUCUUUUUGUUAAACAGGGUGUUGUUUUUCCUGCAAAUCAUGCAGUAUGGACAAAGUGGGCACCUCCUCUGGAGAGAACCAAACUCACUACAAUCUCUGCAUCAGGUUUGAGCACAAAAUAAUCUUUCUCUGCGCAAGGACAUAAUUAUUUUACCUUUGAAAGUAGACUAGACAUCUGGUAGAGAAUAGUUCCUUCUACCAUUACUUUGUGGUUUUAUAGCUUGUGAACAGGCACCAGGUGUACUGCGAAAGAAAUGUGCAUUACUGGGGUGUGAAGUGAAGGAUGUGGAAGCUGGUGCAUCUAACUUUCCUUUCAUUCCCCACCCGUUUUUUCCCUUCCCUUGUGUUUAUCCAUGUACACAUUGUAGGCACCUUUUCUUCACCUCAUAGCUCACUAAAGAGCCUGUUUACAGGCUACAUUGUUUCAUCGCACGUAACGAUGCUCGAUAGUGAGUGCGCACGCGCGCGAGAAAAAACGAUUGGUAACCAGGGUAUAUUCACAUGGAACAGUUUCUAUUCAUAUUGAACUGAUGAACUAUGUUGAUUAUUAACUGUCAUCAGUGGUUUCAUUAUUAUACACAGAGGGCAGUGUGAUACUUAGGGUUGCAAUAAAAGUUUUUCCUGCUUAGAGAGGAAGGAGAAAGAACCUUUUAAACCUUUUAAAACCUUUUAAAAAUAUCUCAACAGGAGCUCAUAUUGGCACCGUGAUUGCCAUGCCGUUGUCAGGUGUCUUAGCAGAACGUCUUGGAUGGCCAUCCGUCUUUUAUGUAUUUGGUAAGUUAUAGAAUACCAAAGUGUAGCCUUCGUAACAGGCAUUUUUAAAAUAAGUGAGAAGUCAAGAGAUAUGGUAAUUGUAAUUUGUUGUAACAAGAGACCUUUAGAUUCUAGGACAGAGCGACUACGAGUAGGUGAUUUGACUCGUGAAGUUUUUUUCGCGUAUUCUCAAGUUAUAGACACCAAAAAAUUAGCACUGUUAUCUUAACUAAAGGAGCUUAAGCCAUCUCCCGACCGCAAAAUAAUACAACCUCUAACUUGUUUCUCUUUUCACGACAUUCUUGCUAAAACUCGUGGUAGAAUGACGACGGCAAUCAUGUUUUCCCGCCAAAAUGACGCUGGUUCACGCGUACUGGUCUCAGAAUCUAAAGGUUUCUAAAAGGACAGAGAGGGAAUCUAAGGGCGUUGGCCGGGGUCUCUUGUUGUAAUUGUAAUUUGUUUACCCACAAAGCACGGAGGAGAUCUUAACAACUCGAUUAAAUGUGUUUGUGCAUUCCAGAUCGAAUGGAAUUUGGAAAUGUUGCUUUUUGAACUGGAAUACCCGGCGAAAACCACUCUCAAAAUGGACCCCAUUUUGAGAAGAAGGCAUGAUAUAAAAACUCUUAAUUUCUUGAACCCACAGGCUCCGCAGGCGUGGUGUGGGCGUUUUUCUGGUUUUUGAUCGUUAGAAAUUCGCCAUCUGAAGAUCCAAACCUCUCCGAGGAGGAAAGAAAUUACAUUCAAGCUGCUCUUGCAAAGGAUGUCCAAAAGCAGGUAUAUGAGAUUCUUUUGUAAUCAUGCUAGGUUUUGUCUUUUUAUUCCACAUAUGUUACUCAUUGAAUCGACUCCAAGAUUUUCACUGAAAGAAGUGCCAUUUUGAGCCCUGAAGUUAAGUUCUGAUAGACUGUAGCCAGCGAGCAAGCUCCUCAUUUGCGCAGGCAAAGCCAGCCGCGCAAGAACGCGUGCUGCUCGCGUGUGCGUGACUUUUCAUGAUGUCCCCCAAAUGGAGAGCUUGAACGUAGGAAAGAUAGACUACGACCAGUUCCUCAUUUUCCGUAGGGAUAGUAGAGCAAACGAAAUAUGCAAGCUCGAGUAGACGCCAGACGCGGAGGAAGAAAAGACAUGGGAGUUUUUUCUCUCCUCCCUCUGCGUGCGACCUUCCGCGUGACCGGUCACGAUUUUCACGCGCGCUGGGGUAAAAUUUUCAGUUCGCUCUUUCUACUAUCCCUUGUGAAAAUGAGACAAACUCAGGCCUUGAAACCUUGAAAACUAGUAUUACUUUGAACUCCGUUCUCGAGAAGGGGUUACUGAACAAAGUUUUUACAAGGAGGCUCCGCCCUGGGCACCAACGUCCUCCCUUUCGUAAACCUUCCAUUAAAAAAUGGUAUCCGUUUCCCGUAUUUAUUUUUAAAAACAACAACAACAACGAUACUUCCUCCAUCCUUUUUAUUAUGGUUUCCCUGUAACGGGAGAACGUGAUAAAUUAAUAAGUAGGUGAAACAAUUUGACUUAAAAUAAACGACUGUUUAAUUGUUAAGCUGUGACAAUAGACGGAUCGAGACGCACCAAUGACAUUACGAGUCUUCUUAGCCAAUGACAUCAGGGCUUACCUGACGGACGACCAAUAACAUCGCGACUGAAUUGACCAAUCAGGUCAAUAACCAGAGUAUAAUACCAUAACUGACGUGAUACAACUCACUUUGACGCUAAAGUUGAAUACCGCACAGGUAGUCGAAACGUCAGUCACUGUCACAAACAGUUCUCAGGGGCGGAUCCAGGAUUUUUUUUGGGAGGGGGUGCACUCGUCUCUUGCUCUACUUCAACACCAAUAAACCACAUAGUUUUUUUGCAGAAUACCAGUUGUAUUAGAAAACCGCAGGUAAUCUCAGGGGAGGGUGCACACCCCCUGCACCCUCCCCCUAGAUCCGCCCCUGGUUCUACACUCACGCGGACGAUCCUGUUUUACACUUAUGAAAUGACUACUGGGUUCAAACCUUUCACAAUGAUAAAUAAAUCGAUACAACCAUAAGGUGCCUCUUAUCGAAAUAUUUCCAUUUAAGGUGUUUCAAAAGGCCAAACAGCAGCUUUUUUCCACCCCUUUAAUUUUUUUACACCUGAAGUUAGAAAAUUGCGCUCCUCCCGGAUGGGAGCUCCCCGUAUUGACCGUUAUAUGAUGGAUAACAGAGACCUGAAUUGGUAUGUUUAUAUCUCCUUGACUAGGAGGACCUUAAGAUACCAUGGAAAAACAUUUUCACCUCGCUACCCGUCCUCGCCAUUGUUGUUGCUCAUUUUAGUGAGAACUGGGGAUUCUACACGCUGCUGACAGAGUUGCCAAGUUUUUUAAAAAACAGUCUUCAUUUCGACCUAAGCAAGGUAUGCCCAAUUCUGGUGCUUUAUGCUGUCAGCACUUUGCUUAUAAUGUAACGAUGCUGUCUCGUUAAACAUGUUCAAUAGUAAGCGCUUCAAAAAUUAUACAUCAUUAUUCUUAUUGCAAAUUAGACGUCAGCUGCUUAAAUUCAAGUUAAGUCUGUUUCAAACUCUUCUUCAUUUCAAAUUCAUUGCUUCCAUGGAACUAAGGUAUAAACAAAUAAAGUUUUAUGUUAUGUUAUGUUAUGUUAUGUUAACAAGUGGGACCAUUAUACGUUUCUGGGAAACUGCCUACCCACCCCUCCCCUGACCCAACAUUUUGCCCUAAGGGAAAAGUAAGAGUUAAUGUUGGCUUAUGGGAGGGUGAUUCAAGAAGUGUUAGGUCCCGUCUCAUGACGAAAAGUUACCCAGGGAAGAAGGGUCACCCUCCCAGCCGAGUCAAACUCAGCGAGCGUUCAUAUGGGUAAAACGUUCACCCCUUUGUCCAAGCCACCAGCGUUCGCUAAGCUUUGAUUGGUUACAAGAGCGCUCGCGCAUGCUCUGAUUGUCUCGCCCUGACCAAGUUUACCCGGCGCCUCCUGAUUGUAACCUGCGAUCAGGCGGUCCUUCUUUUCGUUCUUUCGAAAAAAAAAAAAAAAAAGAGAACGCCUAAUCGCAGGUUAUCGUGAUUAUGAAUGAAUGUUCGUGUAAACCGCUGAGAAAUAGAGAAAAAGAGAGGAGAAGUGUGACUUCACAAAAUUUCAAAUUUGCAAAAUUAUGAGAUUCGUUGGCAUCUUCAUAUUGGUUCUAUCCUUUGCUUCGAGAGGUUUUCUACCCCGGUUUUCCCCUCUCCUCGAAAACCAACAUUUCAAAAUUCCAAUUCGACCAGGAAUCAGGUAGGCGAAGAACCACUUUGUGGAUGUGCUACCUCCAAAUCAUUAUUAUUAUUAUUAUUUAUUUUUUAUAAACGUUUUUAAUAUGAUCCCGGCCCAUUUUAGAAGGAACUAUAUGGUGUCGUCAGAGCAGAACGGUGCUUAUAUCUCCCCACCAAUUUGCACCAACCGGCUCGUUUUUAAUAAGUGGACAUUUUUCGUCUGGUUCUCUCUAGAUGUGCCAACCUAUCCCAUAAUUUUACAAAUUUAGUUUUCGUGACGUCAUCACUUCUCUCUUCCGUUCCCAUUACGUUUCAGGCUGGGUUUGUGUCCGCUCUUCCUUAUUUGGUUAUGGCAAUUACAAUUCAAGCAUCGGGACAAUUAGCCGAUUGCGUACGAAGAAAACGAAUUUUGACAACAACAUCAGUGCGGAAAUUGUUCAAUUCCUUUGGUAAGUCUCCUGGUUGGUGAAGAUUGCCGGGGGGGGAGGGGGCAAAUGAGCCCAAGGAAGCCAAUAAGGCUUCUGAAUAGGACCACCUUUAAAAAUACAUUACCUGAUUAAUAAAUUUAACUAAGCACAUACAAUUUCUUUACAACAUCAAAAUAACCGUUAAAUAGGAUAAAAUAGAUAAGGCUGAACUUGCAAGUGCAAAAACGAAAAAGAAAAAGUGGGAAAAAUAAUUCAAGAAUAUACGAGAAAAAAGAGUGAAAGAAGCGAAAAAAAAAAAUAAACACAGGAAUUAAAGAAUCAGUUGAGAAAAUUUGUUUAAAGAUCUUAGCAUUUUCCCUUAGGUGAUUAUUUUAUUACUUCUCACAACCCGGCUUUUCUCUUUAUUAUGUGUUGAUAUUGUUUUGAGAAAACUUAUAUUGGUCAGUUAUUUUCAUUCCUGGGUCUCAGAGAAUUAAAGAGUGUUAUGGUAGUUUUUGGACAUCCAAGGCGACGGCCUAUUCUCCAUUUCAGAAACUGUAACUGAAGAAUGAGUACAAGCUUUCGAUGGAACGUUUUCUGGGAUCGUUUGGGGGGACAAGCGUUAAAUAUGAUUGGUCGAUGGUAUUUAGGGCAACCAUUAACCAAUCAUAAGUAACGCUUGCCACCCAAACAAUCCCAGAAGGCAUUGCCCCGAAAGCUUGUACCCAUUCCCCUUAUAGGAUAAAUCCUCUACUAAGUCCUCCUCUAAUAAACUCCCUCCCCCCUCCUUUUCAGGGGAAGAAAGUUAAUAAGCCCCCCUCCAUCUUUCAUGCCCCUUCCCCUCCCCCAUAUAAUUCUUCACUAAUAAAUUUUGGACUGUAUAAAUUAAUCAGGGGCCCGUUUCUCGAAAGUCCCGAUAAUUAACGGGCCCGGUAAGCUGUCUCCGUUUACAUUAAAGAUCGAGGUUUCAAUAGUUUUGCAUUUAACAUGAGAAAACUAUCAGUUAAUGAAACAAAAUGAAGUAGUUUGUUAGCCAGGACCCGCCUUGUUUUUCUUUGUGUUUCGAUUUGAAUGUUUUAAUUUCGGGCCCCAAGAGUUAGCUGGGCUUUCGAGAAACUAACCCCAGAACUGUAAACCUUCGUGUGGACUGAUCCGGGAUGGUUUAUUCACCAACUGGAAGUUCGGAUUUGGUUUUGAUUGUCGACUGCAUGACCUCCAACUUCUUGUACUUAGGCUUUUCCACUUUGUAUUCUAGUUCUUUAAGGACAACUGAUACCAUUGUUUUUGCUAAAUUGAAUAGGUCCCCUGAAAUAAAUAAGCCCCUGGGAACUUAAUUGACCACUUCAGAAAAUACCAGAGCAUACCGUAAAGCUCUUUGUUUGUCACCCCAAAAUUUUGCAUAAGAAUUGUCUUCAGUUUCAUUUGGGGCCAUUUUAACUCCCAAGAGAAACUGAAGACAAUGCUUAUGCAAAAUUUUGGGGUGACAAACAGAGAGCACUAUGGUAUGUUACGGUAUUUUCUGGAGUGGUCAACAGAAUAUUUACGGUAGUGUUUGGAGUGGGGAUUGUUUUUCUUUUCGUUUAAUGCACUCAGUUGAAAAUCCGUCUUAUUAUUCUGUUCUUUGUAGCUUUCUUUUGCCAAGGUGCAUGCAUUAUUGUUGCCGGCUACACUACUAAUUGGCUUGUGGCUGUUGCGUGUCUUACAUUCGCUGUGGGUGGAGGUGGUUUUGCCUUUAGCGGAUUCUUUGUAAAUCAUCUGGACAUCGCUCCUCCUUUUGCUGGUAUUCUGAUGGGAAUCUCCAAUGCUGUGGCUACACUGCCAGGAAUCAUUAGUCCAUUGUUAACUGGAGUUAUCGUUCAACAUCAGGUGUGUGAUCGUUCGUUAUUCGCCGCUUUAGAAACGUAGAAAGAAACUAGACCGGGUUAAUUUUCGCAAAGACUUCUGGGAGGUUACUGGGACGCGCCGGUCAGCUAUUGGCCAAUUUUUUCCCCUGUCGCCAGAAACAUUCCCAGAAGUCUUUGCAAUAGUUAAUUGGGUCCAGUUUCCCUCUCGGUUCUAAAGUGGCGUAUUGCACAUUGGCUCAGUAAACUCUACAAUUAAUCCAUUUCAUCAACACUAAAACUGUUACUAGAACUGAAGAGGCUAUAUCGCGGCUGUCUAGUUUUAGUUAACGUUUCCAAUUAUGCUCUGUUAUUCGCUAUACAGCUUUACGUUAGCGAAGAAAUGAACAAAUGAAUGAAUGAAUGAAAGCACUUAUUUGAGAGUCAAGGUAUUUAGCACGAAAGUACUAAUUGGGGACACUACUUUUACUUCUCCAAUUGGAGACGGGACCGCCAUUUUACGUGGUGAUCUGAGCCACGCGAAGGUCUAGCCGCGUGCGGUACAAAGGGAAUACCUUCAUUUCUCAGUUAUUUUAAGACCCUGAGUAUUGGUCCGACCUCGGAAAUCGAAUCCGCGACCUCCCGCUCUGCAGUCAAGCGCUCUACCGACUGAGCUAAUCCUGCGGUCAAAUUUUUAAAUCAUGAAUGAAUGAACGAACAAACGAACGAAUGAAUUGGCUUUAUUUAUUCACGGUGGUAAUUUCAAUAUACAAAAUUGUUUUUUAAAUUAGCCGUGUGAACAGUUCUAUGACCUAAUACUAACUAUAGCACAAUUUUUAAAACUAUCGUCACAAAUACUAAAAGUAGACGGUAUACUAAUUAUUUAUUUAAAAAUAAUGGCAAUAAAACACCUACUGCAAUUUAUUAUCCCAAGUAUGCUUUGAUCUCUCCAGUAUGUUUUGAACCUAUUUAAUGUCUCUAAGUCUUUGACAUGAUUAGGAAGUUCGUUCCAUGCAAUUGCCCCACGAUAAGCAAAAGUUCUCUUUAUGAGUUUGUCUUAGGUUUGGGCAACUGCAUGUCGAACGUACUACCUCUGAGGUUGUAGUUAUGUUCCUCGGAAGUCAAUCGAAAAAGCUCAGUUAAGUACUCAGGUACAGCCGCAUGAUAAACCUUAUACUUAAUAAUUAUUCCUCGACUCGAGCCCGAAUGGGCUCUGGGCUGUUGACUCAGAGGCUAUGAGGGCGAGAGAAAUAAUUGUUUUAUCAAAAUCCAACUAGUUGGUCAAAAAUAUCGAGACGAAACCACUUUAGCUAGCAAAACGCGAUUCACCCGCCAUUGUUUUGGCUUUCAAAGCCGGCGCUUUUCGCUACUAGCAGGUUAUAACAUAUAGCCUAGUAGUGGCUCAACCAAUCAGAACGCAGCAUCGAUAAUAGACCACGAGUAGUUGGAUUUUACUAAACUAUGAUAUUCAUUUGUAUUUUCCACUUAUCACCCAGCGUUGGCCGACAUAGCUCUUUUAGAAUAUCACACAAUCUUAACAGUUGAUGGCCAAAUCACAGCUUUGUCUCCAAAGCAUGGGAGGCAUUUUCCUAGAAUGUUACAGUAAUCUCUCAUAUCAAACAUUUAAAACAGUAUUUCACAAUAACAAACACCUCAGAGGUCCAUAAUUUUAAAAACCGAUGUCUGUGGCAACCGCUACGCCUCUAACAGCUGGUGCCUCUAACAAAGCUUCCAUGUUUUAAUACCUUCUUAUGUUGAUACAAUCUUGGACAAAACUGUUGAGUUGUCUAUUUGGGGAGCAUUUUUCUAAACAUCUUAGCUGUACCUGUUCUUCCCUCUCCCCCUUCCCCAGAAAGCAAUGUUGUUGUGUAUUCAAAAGAAAGCCUGAUCCCUAGGCGUUUGUAGGAAGCAACACUGAACUGGAGGAAGGGAUUUCUUUCCGCAAAGCUGUCGUUUUGGAAUAUAGUUUUGUAGCGUAGGGAAGUGGACUUGAUGGGGAAAACUUUCUCAAGUAGUUUUGUCCGGAAUUGUAGGCUAGUUUUUCAAAGUAAACUUAAGUUUCUUUUUUCACAGUAUGCUUCAGAAUGGAGGAUAGUGUUUUACAUCGCUGGAAUGAUUUACAUUUUUGGAGCAAUAGUCUACUGCUUCCUUUCAAGUGGUGAGAAACAGUCGUGGGCUGAAGUAGAAUACUCUUCACUGCUAGAUGAAACAGAUGAAGAUGGUCAAGAGGAGGUGAUUAUGGAAAGAUAGUUACUGUGUGUUAUUAGGGACCUUAAGCAACUACGACGACAACGACAACGCAAAAAUAAAACCAAUUGGUUUUAUGAGCAGAGCAACAGCUCUGCACGCCUUUUAGUAGAUUUCUUUGACGUCCACAGCACGACUGCGACGUGAAACCUCCCAGUGCGACGUUUUAUGGAGAACAUGGACAUACGACGACAAAUUUUCCUUUCUCUAUUUGAACAUGGAUAAAGCCCUUAAGAAUUCAACUCCAGGAAAAGUCGCCUACAUUUGACGAAUUGAGCGGUUCCAAAUAGACGCGAUAAAGUUUGAAAAGACGCAAAUUCAUUUUUUAGUGAUAUUUUCACUGCUGUCGUCUCGUAGUUGCUUAAGGUCCCUGUUAUAAACCCGGAGGGGUACUCAAAAAAGUUUUAUUCGGGGAGGCUCCGCCCUGAGGUCCAACCCCUUAGCCUUUCAAAUACCAUUUUAAACAAUUAUUGGAUGAGGUUUUUGUGAUAUCCGGAAUAAUCAAGGUCGAGGUGAGAGUUAUCAGCCGAGCCGAAGGCCGAGGCUGAUAACACUUACCGACUUACCGAAACCUUGAUUAUUUAGGGUAUCAUAAAACCGAAUAUAAUAAUUGUCUUAUUACGCAUUGUUUUGAAGAAAAUAACGACAAACACACCUUCGCAGUGAACCUGAAGUGAUAUUGUUAUUGGAAAUCAUGCAUUGCGCGCGCAUGCUAGCAGAUAACUGACUAACCUGAAGUUUGCGCCGAUUUCCAAAAUUAGCUGUAGGCUCUCAGCCAAUGCGAAGACAGGUAGUGAGUACAAUAUAUAAUAAUUCAUUAACUGACAGAAGAGGUACCUCUUUCGUAUACCUUCUAUUAACAAAUGGAGAGUAGAACUCUGCGUUCCUUUUAACUGCUUUAAAUGCACUGUUUUAAAAGUAUGAAUAAUCCACAAAAACAGAACGUUUUCUCGACUUUUUUCGCAGCCAUGAAAUGCAUCUGUUAGCCAUUUUGGGCCUUUUUACGGACCGAAAUGACAGAUCUCCUUACCCUUUCAUAUACUUCCACUAGUGAAAUCACUUCCUGGAGCCUCCCCGUAUAGGCUACUACAGGGUGUGCCCCCCGGGCAUUAAAAGCGGUUUUCAAUCGAGCUAAUCUCUACCGAAAAGGAGGUUUGAAUGUCGUGUACUAUCUGGACAAAAUACUAUGCGAACCCCAUUUUGACGUCAUCUGUGAUCUGUUACUGAACAUACUCACGGCAACAUGGAGUCUAUUCGUUUUAUCGGAAACUCAUAGUUUCUGGUUUUAUGCAAUGCACAGAAAAGUAUAAACGACGUACUUACUUCGUACCGCAUUUUCAAGUCAUCAAGAACUCCUUUUUGAGCCGGUUUCUACGUUACUCAGGAAAUGUAAUGGGCCAAUCAUAGCUCGAGCAUUAGCGCGGGAAAAUGCGAGCGAACAAGUCACGGCUGGUUGUCUCCUCAUUGGGUCAGAAAAAUGCGCCAAAAUUUUUAGCCAAUCACGGAGCAAAGUGUUAGAAACCAAAGCAGUCUCAAAAUUACUGACGAUGCUCGACUAAAAACCGCCAUAGUCAUAAAAUGAGUUUUGGAAGUUCCUUGAAGGAACCCAACAUGGACUUGUAUUUGGUUACAUCAAAUAAUUCAUCAAAAUUCAGUAUUUUUAUUUUUCUGUAACUUAUUUUAUCUUCAUGCUCACUGAACAGAACAGUGGCUUUGACAUGUUUUAAGUAAAUAUUUUGAAUUAACGCACACAAGAUCGUUCAUUGUAAGCUAAAUUAUGGAAGAAAGUUACUUUUUAUUUAAUUUUUACUUAUAGGCUAAAGGUAUCAUUGUAAGUAUUUAAAGACUUAAUUAUGUGAUCUGCGAAACAGUAAUGAAAUAAAAGAUCUAGCCAUUGAAAAAAUUGUUUCCAAACUAAGUACCCUUAUAAGGGGUUUAAACUUGUCACCACCG